AUGGCCAAACCAUCAAAGCCCAUUCCUUCACCAAUCGAUGUUGGUGAUUCAAAUGAUGAAGGAACCAAAGAGAAGAGGAGACCUUCCUCAAAAGUGGGAAAAGAUAUGGUUGUUCAAGUCUCCAAAAGCACAAGCUCCUCUUAUGACUCCAACAACACAAAAUCUCCUCCUCGAAAGAUUCCUACUCCUCAUCCUACUAAAAAAGAUAAAACCCUUCCUCAGUCCCCUCAGAAAACUCCACCACAAUCUUCUCAAAAGAUCAAACCUCCAACUCCUCCAACCUCCCCAAAUAAACCUUCACCCGUCAAAGAAACUGAUAUGGAGCCUUCCAUGUCUAAUGGCAACUUUCAUGAUUCCCCCAAGACAAUGAAAAAGAAGACAAACUGGAGGGAAACUAAGGUUGUUGAAUACAUUUGUUAG